UCCAACGGCUGUUAUCAAACGUUUACCUCAGGACCACCUUAUGCCCAUAGUCCUCGUCGUACUCUAUAAAAUUUACAUUCCCAGUAAAAACACGCUUCCUUUUCUCACUUUAAAAGCCUGGUGCCGUAAAGUCUGAGCUCGAAAACAUAGCGAAUAAAAAAAAAUCAUGGAAACGUCAUCGUUUCAUUCUCCGGCGGCUCUUCCGUCGUCAUUCAUCUUCUUCUCCGCCGUGCAUCUCGUCGGAUAUUUCAUGAUAUUCCGCACGUGGAAACCCACCCACCGUUCGGGAGCCACCAGCUGCGUCGUGUCCCUCUUCCACGGGACACCCGCCGUCUUGAUGGCGUCCCACGCGCUGCUCACUAACCCACGCGCCACCGCUUCGUCCGCCAAUACAGCGGAGGAGGCCGCCGUCCUCGACUUCAGCAUGGGUUACUUCGCGGUGGAUCUCCUCCACUACUUGCUCUUCCUCCCACACGACGCCGUUCUCUUCAUCCUCCAUCACAUGGCCACGCUCUACGUGUUCGCCACGUGUCGAUUCUUCGUUGGCCGCGGCGGUCACGCCCUCCUCCUCCUCCUCGUCUUGGCCGAGUCCACUAGCGCCUGCCAAAAUGUUUGGAGCCUCGCAGGGUAUAGGAAAACCGACGUCGUAUUGGCAAGGAAGGUGAGGGAAAUGUUAUCGCCGGCGUUUUACGUGUCAUACACGGUGGUUAGAGGGUUGGUGGGGCCGGUGGUUCUGUACGAUAUGGCGGCGUUCUACGGCAGAGGGGCCGCGGAUGGUUGGGUCCCACGCUGGGCUUGGCUGUCAUGGUUGGUUGUCAUUGGUGCCGCUAUUUUUGCCAGUCUUUUGUGGGUUUGGGGAAACUGGUCCAUUUGGUUUAGGGAGAGGAAAUUGCAAAACUCUACAAAGAAAAAGGGUGGAUCAUGAUACCCUUUGCCUUUUCUCGUUAGUUUCAGUUGGGGGAAAAAUUGGUAUUGUCAUGUUCAUUUUAGAUUCAUUGAUUGUCCAUUUAAAGGGCUAAAAUUUGGCAUUGAACGUUAGAAAAAUUUAUCAUAUCAGACAGUAAAAUGUGACUCAGGAGUUAUGACAUGAAUUGUUUGGUAAAUGUUUGCAUUGGCUGACUUGAUAGUAUUCUUGUCUGCAAUCUGUUGUUGAUGUAGGUAAGGAGGAAAAACAGAAAGUUGAACAAAAAACCAUAGUCAUAACUCUUAAAUCAUGCAUCAAUCAAACCAAGCAUUUCGGGGUAAAACCCUUUGGCUCAACAGGAGGGUUUUAGAAAUUUAUAAAAUAAAGGACAACGAUACCGUCUCCCAAGUUG